UCUGUAGCCGAGGUCGGGUGUUGAAUAGCACGACGUAACUUAUAAUUUGUGGGCUCGGGAUUCGUGCGGUAGAGUUUCGCUUCGCUUUCAGUGUGUUGUGAUGUUAUUUUUUGUUUAGCUCAAGGACUUACAAAUCAAGACGUGAUGUGUAUAUUUUAGUGUUAGGAUAAAUAAAUGGAGGGAGUCAGCGAUAUAUUCGAUAACUGAGGACUAGACAGAAAAAUCAUUGAAAUCCACUCUAAAACUUAUUCAAGUUUGUAUGAAAAAAUUUUCAAUGUGCUUUUUCUUACGACCAUGAACGCGGCAAGCCAAAAAGUGCACGAGAUUUUAAACAAAGCGGCAACGAUUCAGCGAAAUAUCCGCACCUCUAGUUCGGGUAUUUCCGCGCAGGAUAUCAUCCAACUUCCCAACGCUUCCAUCAGGUCCGGGCUGCUGAGAAAAAAAGCAAACACCAUAAACUACGGCAGGUGGAAGCAUCGGUUCGUCGUCCUGUUGAGCGAUUCCCUCUACAUCUACAACAGCGAGCUGUCCAAGGCACCGAAUGAUACAAUCUUGCUACGGGGCUACAACAGAGUUCAGAGAGAAGAGUCGACAGUCCACGAGUGGUGCUUCUCCAUCCUGCCCGCCUACAACCUCAAAACUGUCCGCGUCAUUACUUUCGCCUGCGUCAGUGAUAAUGAGAGAAGAGAAUGGAUGACGGCUAUAAAAGAUCAGUUAUACAUAGCGAACGGUGUAGAAAAGAAAUCUUUAUCUGAUUCUGUUCAAAGACGAUUGACUUUAAGAGAAAGCUCUACUGAAGAUGAGUACAGAGAUAUUGAAGCUCCAGCGUAUGUGCCGGACGGUUCCGUGGACAGCGAUCACCUAGCCUACACCGACAGCAUUUCCAGCGAUUCCGGCAGCAGCGGAAGCGGCGGCGUCUUUGAGUGGAACAUCCCCUCCAGCCCACCGUCCACCCCAGCCCCCACCCCACCAUCCGACACACACUCCAACACAUCCUCUCCCCCGGACUUAAAACCGAAACUUGACAAUAAAAGAAAACCCAUGCCGUUACCUAAACCCGAAACGGUACCUAAACCCAAACCUCAGACACCGGAGAAGAAAAAGAUCUCCCAAGAAGAACUACACGCCAAACUUCCGCCUCGGCAAAGCGCCAUCUUGUCCGAAAACGAAACUGAUUACGUCAACGCAGCAGAUCUGUACGAAGAUUACGACUUUCCCGUUGAGAUGUCACAACCGCCCAUCACCAAAGAGCAGAACUGCACAGUAGCAGACGACACAUUGGACAGGAACCAGCUGAUCGCUCAGCUCAAAGCUAAAGAAAAAUCCGGGACGUAUCUCAUCCGGAAAUCUCGCACGAGUGACUAUAAGGUUCUGGCGUAUCUCACUCCGGAAGGGAAGGUUAACCAGUACAAAAUUUUCAAGAAAGACUCGACUUUCUCCCUGGAUCAAAUCGUCAAAUUUGACAGCAUAGAGACGCUUCUAGAACAUUACUCUACCAAUGGGACGCUACCGAGUUCUGACUAUAAACUUUUGUAUGGAUUUUAUGAAGAGUAAAGACUCUUUUAAAAAUACGAUGUUUUAGUUUGAUGACAGCAGCUGGUAAUUUAUUUUUGUGGGAACAAGAUAGCAUUGUCAUUUCAGUGGAUAUAAGUAAUGUUUCUUUCGUUAUUGGAGUAGGAGUAAUUCAUGUAAUUAGAAUAGUCAAUUUAAAUUUUCUACAAUGGGCGUCCAACAAUGACGUCACGCUAAUUACACUUUUUACCCUCGCCACCAAUUUUCAGGUGCCAUAAAAAAAUGAAGGACGCCAACUAAGUUACCUAACAAAAUUCCACCCCGCCGUCCCCAACACAUAGAAUCACACUCUAACCUGUAUGAGAAUGUUUAAUUUUCAUUUUUUCCCCCUUAAAAUAACAAACGCGUGCAUACAUUUUGUAAACCAACCUAUCUCUCAUAUGCAAGCCAUCAAAAGUUU